CACGGGUUCAGUUCGUCGUUGUAGUUCAUAGGAUCAGAAUGUGUGCGAUCUCCGGUCUCCCGAAAGCUCAUAAAUUCCUAAUAAUUUAUAUGGGUCUAUCCAUCUUGUCGUCCGUCAAGUAGCACAUCAUCUAACACCCAGCAAACGAUUUCAGCAGACCUCCCCCACAAACGAUUCCAAUCGGAUUUCAGGCGCCACUGGCCCAGUUAUUUUAAUUUCCCCCGAAUUAACGAUGCAUUUCGGUGUGAAUUCGUUGGAUCUGCCAUUAGGGGCUUGAAUAAUGCACUGAAUUAAGUUUUUAGAAUUGUGCAUUUCAUGUGCAAAUAGUCAUUCAAAACAUGGUAUACAGCCAAGUGAUGUCGUUAUAAUAUGAGUAAUGGGUGAAACUCUGUUUAUUGAAACUAAAAUAAGGUUGUUUAGUCAUUCAUUUCAAAAUAUGUAUAAUAUGUUUAAGGGAACAUUAUCAUUUAAUAUAACAUAAUAUAAAAAUUAAAAAUUAAUAAUUUUAAGACCUCCUCUGACCCCGCAUUACCCACAAUCCGCUCCUGAGUUUGUCCAUUUCAGUCGACUCUUUGGAUAAUUGUGCCCCACUAAAAUACAAUUGAAUUAUAAUCAUUUUGGGCCGCCAUGCUCCACUUGGCCAAGCUGCAAUUGGCCGAAAAUUGAGAGUUGUGUGGACAGUUGCCACCUGGUGGCUAAGCAGAAAGCACGGAUAAACGGAUACGGCCACGGAUUGGAAAUGGUACUGCUGGACGAGUUCUGUGUGAAGGUGUACUUCUGGCCAUUCCUGUCCUAUCUGGCCAGCAUCAAGGGCUGGUGCCCGCUGUACCCACCAGGUUACUAUCCCAUCUACGCCCUGCCGAUGCCGCAGGGACCUCCAUACCCUGCGCCGCCCCCGCCGCCGCCGUUGCAGCCGAUUGGUCCACUAAUACCGCCCCAACCCGCUCUUCCGUCCACACCUGCAGUGAUCCCGACGUUCCAGCCAACGCCUCCGAAUCCCCAGACGCCGGUGACGCCGCCCCUGAUCACGACCAGCAGCAGUACCACCAGUAGCACAACCCUGUCCACCACAUCCACGACGGGACUGACCACCACCACCACGACCGCUGGCACCACUCUGCCGCUUCCGGUGCCCACGUGUCCAUCGCAGCCGCUGGUUUGCCUGCCCGGCGGAGCACGUCCACUGCCCAACUGCCCCUGCAUCGAUCCUCGCCAGCAGCAGAACUCCCCGCUGGUCUCGUCCACGGGACCACAAAUCGGUUCGGAUAUGAUGGUCUUCAUGCCGCUUAAUUCCGGACGUAGGCGACGUCGUCGCCGGAGACCCCAAUCCUGUCAAGAUGCCCGAUCCCGGCCUGGAAGCUGCCUGCCCCUGACCUCCUGUCCCCAGCUCAUGCAGGAGUACCAGGGCCAGGGCAAUGAGUUCCACACCUUUCUGGGCCAGUCCAUAUGUGGCUUUGAUGGCUCCACUUUCAUGGUCUGCUGUGCAAUGGAUCGCAGUGGAAAUGGCAGGAGCAGGAAGGAUCUAUUUGUGACCACCGCAGCUCCUUUCGGAUUCUUUCAUUUCUCGCCCUUGAGUGGGGGAUCUACUGCCACCCCGAUGGUUUUCCAGCCCACGCCGCCUCUCAGCCAGGUGGUGAGCCCCAGCUUCAACCAGCCACCUCCUCCGCCUCUACCAAAUAACGCUCCACGUGAUUCCGCGACCUGCGGCAUUAGUGGCGCCACUUCCAAUCGAGUUGUGGGUGGCAUGGAAGCGCGGAAAGGAGCUUAUCCGUGGAUAGCUGCCCUUGGCUACUUCGAGGAAACCAAUCGGAAUGCACUGAAGUUCCUCUGCGGUGGCAGUUUGAUUCAUUCGCACUACGUAAUCACCUCGGCACAUUGCAUCAAUCCGAUGUUGACCUUGGUCCGUCUGGGAGCCCAUGAUCUCUCCAAGCCAGCCGAACCGGGCGCAAUGGAUCUCCGUAUCCGUACAACUGUUGUACACGAGCACUUCGAUCUCAACUCCAUAUCAAAUGAUAUAGCCCUGAUUGAGCUAAACGUAGUGAGUGCUCUGCCAGGAAACAUCUUGCCCAUUUGCCUGCCGGAGGCCGCCAAGUUUAUGCAGCAGGACUUCGUGGGCAUGAAUCCCUUUGUGGCAGGCUGGGGCGCCGUGAAGCACCAGGGAGCCACCUCGCAGGUGCUGAGAGAUGCCCAGGUGCCAAUCGUGUCCCGCCACAGCUGCGAGCAGAGCUACAAGUCCGUUUUCCAGUUCGUCCAGUUCAGUGACAAGGUGCUGUGCGCGGGCAGCUCGAGCGUGGAUGCUUGUCAAGGGGAUUCCGGUGGACCACUCAUGAUGCCCCAGCUGGAGGCCAGUGUCUAUAGGUUCUACUUGCUCGGCCUGGUUUCCUUUGGCUAUGAGUGUGCUCGGCCCAAUUUUCCCGGCGUUUAUACGAGAGUUGCUUCCUACGUUCCUUGGAUCAAGAAACACCUCGCAUCCGCUUAGAAUAUGACACAUCCUAAGUCUAAUUGUUAUCUCCGAUGUGUCAUCCGAAUUGAGAGCACCUAAUGCAUACUUGUACCAAAAUUCAAAACCCCGAAUACACGCAACCACUGGAAUUUUCUUAUAAAUCUCAUUUAUUUAUGUUCCUGUUUUAUUUCUGCCUAAUUAAAUAUCAUUUGCGUAAAUUAAAACUCCAGUGUAAGAUAUUUGUUGUAUCAUGCUUGUUUUUAUCAUCAUUAUAGCAUUUAAUACAUAUAAUAUAAUGAAUUUGAUUUGCA